AUCCGUUCUCCUGCGGGGCAUCCUCCAGGAGAGGGUGGGGAAGGAGGGGACAUCCUGGCAGACACACCCCCAUCCCCCGCCCCCCAGCUCUGAGCUGAGGAGGCCCAGGGAGAGUGCCAUGGCUACUGGAGGGAGGGCUGGGGUGGGGUUCUCCUGUCCAGGGGAUACUGCUGGCCCAGCCCCACCUGAGCGAGGGAAAUCUGCCCUGGGGGCCUCAGGACACCCCCUGCAGCCAGCCACCUCUAGUCUGGGCCUCGCCAAGACCCCAAGACCCAAGAGCUCCUGGCUCACCAGUGGGCCCCUCCAGUCCUGCCGGGGGUGUUUCUUGGGUCCUGGAGUCUGGGCCCCUCAUUGAGUAGGGUAUAUGGGUAACAGGCCCAGUGUGGUCCCACUGGACAGGGCCUGAAGCAGCCGUCUCCCACUCCCACGCCUCUUCCUCCAAGCAGCCCAGGUGUGGUGGGAGCUUCGAGUCUCUCUCAGAUUCCUGUCUUCUGUCCCCUUUCAAGGCACUGUGUCCUUCUAAGUCCCACUCCAUGGCCCUUCCAAUCUCCGCUGGUCAGUCCCUAGGACACGUAUCCUAUUCCCCCAGACACCCACCUGCCUCCAGCUCUGUGGCCAAGGUGAAACCAGGCUCUGGACGUUUUCUGGUGCCACCGCCAGCCCCUGGGGUUCUCUUGGGUCUGGCUGCAGGGACCCCAGCACCCAGAGUCACGGCAGUGGUGGGCAUGGGGAGGGCCUAGCCUGGUACCUCCCUGCUCCGCUCCUGCGGCUGGGGGUCAGAGAGGGGUGGAGAGCGCCGGCCGCACAGCCUCGGCCGGGAGGGGAGACUGGAGUGUGUGUGUGUGCGUGCCCACGCGUGCAUGCCUCGGUCGUAUUUCAGCUGGUGCUGCGUGUUCCUGCGUGUCGGGGUACGCUGGUGCGCCUCUCCGGGGUUUGUGCACGUGGCCCUCCGCUCGCGCAAGAGGGCGUGGGCGUGGCCUCGGCGUGGGUGUGGCCGUUCGGGGCGGGGCCUCCAGGGGGCGGGGCCGGCCUGGUCCGCGCGGUGACGCGCCCUGCAGCCGCGAGCGAGCGAGCGAGAGAGCCAGCGAGCUGCCGAGCCCCAUCCGUCGCGCGCGAUGCUCCCCUGGACGGCGCUCGGCCUGGCCCUGAGCUUGCGGCUGGCGCUGGCGCGGAGCGGCGCGGAGAGCGGUCCACCAGCAUCGGCCCCCCGAGGGGACCUGAUGUUCCUGCUGGACAGCUUGGCCAGCGUGUCUCACUACGAGUUCUCCCGGGUUCGGGAGUUUGUGGGGCAGCUGGUGGCUCCACUGCCCCUGGGCACCGGGGCCCUGCGUGCCAGCCUGGUGCACGUGGGCACUCGGCCGUCCGCUGAGUCCUCCUUCGGCCAACACAGCUCAGGCGAGGCUGCUCAGGAUGCUGUUCGCGCUUCGGUCCAGCGCAUGGGUGACACUCACACUGGCCUGGCGCUGGCAUAUGCCAAGGAACAGCUCUUUGCUGAAGCAGCAGGUGCCCGGCCAGGAGUGCCCAAGGUGCUGGUGUGGGUGACAGAUGGCGGCUCCAGCGACCCUGUGGGACCCCCCAUGCAGGAGCUAAAAGACUUGGGCGUCACCGUGUUCAUCGUCAGCACUGGCCGAGGCAACUUUCUGGAGCUGUCAGCUGCUGCCUCAGCCCCUGCCAAGAAGCACCUGCACUUUGUGGACGUGGAUGACCUGCACAUCAUCGUCCAAGAGCUGAGGGGCUCCAUCCUCGACGCGAUGCGGCUGCAGCAGCUGCGUGCCACGGAGAUCACGUCCAGCGGCUUCCGCCUGGCCUGGCCGCCCCUGCUGACCGCAGACUCGGGCUACUAUGUGCUGGAGCUGGUGCCCAGUGCCCAGCCGGAGGCUGCGAGACGCCAGCAGCUGCCGGGGAACGCCACAGACUGGACCUGGGCCGGCCUCGACCCAGACACGGACUACGACGUGGCGCUGGUGCCUGAGUCCAACGUGCGCCUCCUGAGGCCCCAGCAACUGCGGGUGCGCACGCGGCCAGGUGAAGCAGGGCCGGGGGCUGGGCCGGCCCCCACCCAGCUCGCCGCCCUCCCCGCCCCGGAGGAGGCCGGCCCGGAGCGCAUCGUCAUCUCCCACGCCCGGCCGCGCAGCCUCCGCGUGAGCUGGGCCCCAGCGCUGGGCGCAGCCGCCGCGCUCGGCUACCACGUGCAGUUCGGGCCGCUGGGGGGCGGGGCGGCGCAGCGCGUGGAGGUGCCUGCGGGCCGCAACUGCACCACGCUGCAGGGCCUGGCGCCAGGCACCGCCUACCUGGUGACCGUGACCGCCGCCUUCCGCUCGGGCCGCGAGAGCGCGCUGUCCGCCAAGGCCUGCACGGCCGCCGGCCCGCACCCACGACCACGCCCCUUGCCCCGUGCUUCGACCCCGGGGACCGCGAGCCGUGAGCCGUAAUCCGGCAUCCCCGCCCUGCCGAGAGGCCCGGCGCCGACCCGAGGGCCCCUGUAACCCGAACCCGGUGCGGAGGCGCCCAGCUCGGGAGAAGGGUGCAGGCCCGGCCUUUCCCCACGCGGACUCCGCACGACCCCGGCCCUCUCCCUGUGGCCACAGGGCUUCCCCGCCUGGCGCCUGCCCUCCAGGGCUGGGGCCUCGCCUGGUGGGACCGCGCAGCAGCUCUGGCCCCAUCCCCGCCCCGAGUCAGGCGUGCUGUCGGCUCGUGGGUCGUGUUGAGAGCAUCAGACCCAGGACCGUCCAGGGAGGAGCCCCGGUCAGACUCCCACGUGUGAAGACUCGGUCCCAGGUGGCAAGGGCUGGCCUGGGGUGGGCAGCUUGGGCCCUGGACGCUGAUAGGAAGUGGAAGGGGAAUCGCGGGAGAAGCUGGCCCAGGUCAGGUCCCAAAGGCUUCUAAAGAAAAGGAAGGGCAGGUAGGGGCCCCUGGACGCUGGUGGUGUGGCCAGGAUGCUCAGCCAGCCAGGAGGGCAUCGCCUGCUGGGGACGGUGGCCCUGCCUUCAUGCCCAGGACACCAGCUGGGUCCAGCUAGCAGCCACUGGGAAUCAGAGGAAUGGGGCAGAGCCGGGCAUUCAGGACCUUGAGGACAGGUGACCUCACCCACCCACCUCCACGGUCAGGCCCCGGGACCGCACUGACAGGAAGCCUUGUGUGGGAGCGCUUCCCAGGGGCUGCAGGGACGACGCUCUCCAGGGAGGCCCCAGCGACCACACCAUCUUUUGGCUGUGAGAGGUCUCGCCCCUGGGCCACAUGCUGUCACUACUCACUACCCUGGGGCCCGCGGGCGAGUUGCCCAGGGUGGGGGUGCCUAGCCAGGCGCACUCCCUGCCCCGCCUAGUCCUUGGCUCCCAGGACUGUGGUGUCACGCAAUGCUCACCUCCCCUCUUCCCCACUAACGUCCCAGACGUUAAAAUUCAGUAAAUCAGAUGUACACCGA